AUUACAUCUCUCCUUAUUAAAUUAUUUUAUUCUCUCUUAGCAACAUUCAUAAACCAGAUUCACUAUCAUCUCUUAUAACUCAUCUUCUUCUUCUUCUUCUUCUUCUUCUUCUUCUUCUUCUUCGUGUUCCCAAAAAAAAAAUUUACUUAUUAUAAAAAAAAAAAGUUGAUUAAUCCCUUUUCAUUAUCCUUCUUCUUCGUUUCUUCUUUUGGAGCUUUUAACAUAAACCCUAAUAUUUUCUUGAUUUUUUUCGUUUUUUUCAAGAAACGAACAUAAAAGUCAUAUAGAGAGAUGCUUGAAGUUAGAGCAAUGGAUAUGAUGACUCCUAAAUCACCAGAACCCGAAUCCGAAACUUCGACCCGGAUCCAACCAGCUAAACCAAUCUCCUUUAGUAACGGAAUCAUCAAACGCCACCACCACCAUCACCAUCACCACAACGUAACCGUCACUUACAAAGAAUGUCUCAAGAACCACGCGGCGGCGAUUGGAGGUCACGCGCUAGACGGCUGCGGCGAAUUCAUGCCGUCUCCUUCGUCAACGCCUUCCGAUCCAACUUCUCUCAAGUGUGCAGCUUGUGGUUGCCACCGUAACUUCCAUCGCCGUGAUCCUGAAGAUUCCUCCGCCUUACCACCACCGUCUCUUCCUUUGUCUUCUACCACAACCGCCGCAAUUGAGUAUCAGCCUCAUCACCGUCACCAUCCUCCACCUCCGCUUCCUCCUCCGUUACCUCGUAGUCCUAGUUCAUCUUCUCCGCCGCCUAUCUCAUCCUCUUACAUGCUUUUAGCUCUUUCCGGUAACAAUAAAACCGUGCCAUUCUCAGAUCUGAACUUCUCAGCCGCCGCCGCCGCAGCUAACAAUCAUAUCUCCACCACGACGCCUGGCUCGAGGAAACGUUUCAGGACUAAGUUUAGCUCGAGUCAGAAAGAGAAGAUGCAUGAGUUCGCCGACCGAAUCGGUUGGAAGAUUCAGAAACGCGACGAGGACGAUGUCCGUGAGUUUUGCCGUGAGAUCGGAGUUGAUAAAGGAGUUCUCAAAGUUUGGAUGCAUAAUAACAAGAACACCUUCAAAUUCCCCGGCGGAGGCAUCGCCACUGUGCAGAGGGAUGGUAACGGUGUCGGCGGAGAGGAUGAUGGUGUUCGCGGUGGAAGUGGUUUGGGUAACGAUGAAGACGGUGGGGGUGGGGGUGGUGGUGGGAGAUUUGAGAGUGAUAGUGGCGGAGCUGACGGUGGAGGAAACGUAAACGCUUCGUCGUCUUCGACGUGAAGAAGGAAACAUCUUGUCGUUUUUUUGCAGGGAAAAGAUUUAAAUAAGGGAAAGAAGCUUAAGCUUGUUUUAGCUUUUAGAUCAUAGAGAGAGUAAGAGAGAACUAAGCACUUCUAUUAUUAUCGUUAAUACGUUUUUUUAAUAUUAAUUAAAACUCUUUUAGCUCUUUAUAUUUUUAUUUUUAUUAUAAAUUCAUUACCAAUAAUAUUACAUUCCGAAAUGUUUCUUUCAUUA